AUGAACACAUACAAUCCAUACUAUUGCACAUCAUGUUACAACGUUUGGGACUAAAAUUAAUGUCUUCCCAAACUCCUCGAUUGUGGACACUCCUUUUGUCUUAAAUGUCUCCAACGUCUUCUCAAGAACAAUCGAAUAAUUUGUCCAGAUGACAUGAAGUCCUUCAGAGUAGACUCACUCCAUUAACUAGCUACCAACCAAGAAUUAUUGCAUCCCCAACUCCAAAGAACUCUACAUUCCUCCCAAUAUGACAUCUCUUUAGAGAAUAUCACCCAAUCCACCACUCGACUCUACACCAAUCUUCCUGAAAAUUCAGUAACCAUCAAAAAACCACUCUCUCCCCAUCAGCAACAUCAAAUCCCAUGGAAUAGAGAACAAUUGCAACAAUGUCAUUAACAACUACAAGAAUCGCAUCAACAAUUUGAAUUGAACCAGUAAACCUAUUUCAACGAAGCCUUCAGAAUGAUCUUUCAAUAGAAACGCAGCCUAAUCGAACAAAUAGAAUAGAACUUCUCAGAAUUACAAAUGAAACUCAGGAAUAUAGAAAGUCAACUCCUUAAUGAACUAAACAUCGUAGCCUUGAAACUAGAAGAUGACAUCAGGUAAAUGCAUAUUUCAACCGACUAAAAGGCAAUCGCCGAAAUCAAAUUAAUACAAGAAAGAAUCCAGUAAUUGUUACUCCUCUCUGAUGAGAAUCUAAACACUAAAGCAGAUUUAGUCAACACCCUCACUCGCCAGACUGAAUUAAUUAUCAAUCACUUCAUCAAGCAACCCUCCUUCAACAUUUAACAUAUUAUCACUAAGCAAAUGCAACUCAAAUUCGAUCUAUCUGUUUAUGAUUACUUGCCUACAUUUUGUACACUCAAAAAAUACAACUGUGAUAAUAGGAACCAAUCAUAACAAAGGAGAGUCAAAACAUUAACCGAAUCAAAUGACUAUGCCUAUACUCACUCUAACUAAUCCCUCUCGGAUAACAGCCCAAAACCUAAGGGACAUGACAAUUCCUCAUAAAAACCCUUUUAAUAUUCUAAAAAUGCCCAUCAUUUAGAAGAACCUCCCUAAUAAAGAUUCAAUCCAAGGGAACUAACCUUUGGAGGCAAAGGCUAGGUUAGCAAAUCUCGUGAUUCCAAAAAUUCAAGAAGUUUGUCAUCCAGCAAACUCAAUGAAGCCACUGGAAUUGCUCGCAUCCAAGACCUUCUAUUUAAAGGAUUGCCUAUCGAGAAAUUAGAUUUAACCAAUCAAAAUUUGAAUGAUCUAGAUCUCCUAGAUCUUAUCAAACUCAUUAAAAAGUCUACUUCAUAGAUUGAAAUUCUUAAAUUAACCAAGAAUAGAAUCACUGAUAAUGGAUUCAGCCAUUUGCUAAAUCUAUUGCUUAAACGCAGAGACAUUCACACUCUCAACUUAUCCAAUAACGAAUGCACUGAGAAAUCAAUAGAUUUGAUUGAAAGAAUGAUACAGCAAUUGCAUGGGAAAACCAUCUACCUCUCAAAUUGCAAACUCAGUAACUUAAAUCUAUUGAAGAAGAGAUAGACUUCGUUGUAAAGUAUGGGUGUCACUUUGUUUUUAUGA